AUGGCAUCCAAACCGACCGUCACCCAUGAAGAAGAGCAACCCGCCGUCCACGGCGACACGGCGCUCCGCCUGAUCGGCCAGCAGAGAAUCCCACUCACGGACGCCGACAGCAAGCGCAUCCGGCGCAAGACAGACCGCGUCAUCCUGGCCAUCCUCGUGUGGGUGUACUUCCUGCAGAUCCUGGACAAGUCGGUGCUCGGGUACGGGGCCACCUUCGGCUUGCAGGCCGACACGCACCUGACGGGCAACCAGUACUCGCUGCUGGGGUCGAUCGCGCCCAUCGCCCAGCUCGUCUGGCAGCCGUUCUCGUCGUGGCUGAUCGUGCGCGUGCCGCAUCGCCGCCUGAUGCCCGCGCUGUGUCUGGGCUGGGGCGUCGCCCAGGCCGCCAUGGCCGCCUGUCGCAGUUUCGCCUCCCUGAUGGCCGCGCGCUUCUUCCUCGGCCUGUUCGAGGCCGCCUGUCUGCCGCUGUUCAGCGUCAUCACCAGCCAGUGGUACCGCCGCGCCGAGCAGCCGCUGCGCAUUGCGGCCUGGUACAGUACCAACGGCGCGGCGACUGUCAUCGCGGCGGCCCUGUCUAUCUUCCUCACCGUCGGCCUCCUGACCAUCAUCUCAGUGCCGUUCAUCUACUGGAAACUAGACAACGACAUCCCCUCAGCGCGGUUCCUGACGGAGACGGAAAAAGCGCAGGCCAUCGAGCGGCUGCGCGCGAACCAGACGGGCACAGGGAGCCGCGAGUUCAAGAUCCGGCACGUCGUCGAGGCAGCGCUCGAGCCCAAAACCUACCUCUGGAUCGGCAUGGCGAUGCUGCUGAACGUCGGCGCCAGCGUGAGCAACACGUUCGGCCCGCUGAUCCUCAACGGCCUGGGGUACGACGCGUACACGACGAGUCUGCUCAACAUGCCGUUUGGCGCGCUGCAGCUGCUGGUCAUCCUGGCGGGGAGCUAUCUGGCGCAGCGGGCGCGGAUGAAGGGCGUCGUGCUGGCCGGCUUCAUGCUGCCGGUAGUCGCGGGCCUGGCAAUUCUGUACGCCGUGCCACGCAGUAAUAACAGCACGAAGCAAAACUCAGUCGAACCCUCCCUCCUGGUAGGCUACUACCUGCUCGCGUUUCUCUUCGGCGGCAACCCACUGAUCGUGACGUGGAUCGUGGGCAACACGGGCGGCACAACGAAGAAAUCGGCGCUGAUGAGCCUGUACAACGCGGCCAGCUCGGCGGGCAACAUCGUCGGCCCGCUGCUCUUCAGCAAGAAGGACGCGCCGGCGUAUCGGCCGGGCGUGCGGGCUUGUCUGGCCAUCUUCGUGGCGCUGGUGGCCGUCGUGCUGGCGCAGUGGGCGAAUUUGGUCGUGCUGAACCGGAUGCAGGAGCGGCGGCGCGUGCGGAAUGGAAAGCCGGCCAAGGUGGUUGAUUACUCGAUGAGGGAGCGCUAUCACGAUACCAGCGAGAGUGAUCCCGACGGGACGAUCGGAGACAAAGCCUUCCUGGACCUGACGGACCGGGAGAACGAUGAAUUUGUGUAUAUUUACUAG